AUGAACAACGACGAUAUUAUGAACGCCCUUCAAUCCAAACUAGAUGCUCAAGCUUCUACCUUUCGCGAUUUGCUGCGAUCUUCACUUGAUUCUCACUCCGAUUCCAUCCACAGUACACUCCAUCAACACCUUCUAGAGGUUGAUUCAAAGGUGGCGCAUCUUCGCACGCCGACGUCGUCCUCCUCACCAGCUUUCAAUUCGGCAUCACGUUCCCUUAAAUUGAACGUUCCACGAUUUGAUGGUUCCAACGUUUUGGAGUGGUUGUUUCAGAUCGAAGCCUUCUUCGAUUUCCAUGACACACCAACAACAUCUCGCCUCCAAAUCGUCUCGUUUCACCUUGACGGUCGCGCCGCUGCCUGGUUUCAAUGGGCCACUCGUAACAAAUUGUUGUCAUCUUGGUCUGUGUUUUUAGACGCCGUUCGUCAAUGUUUUGGACCCACCGCGUACGAAGAUGUCGAAGGCGAGUUAUCCAAACUCUCGCAAACAGGCUCUGUUGUUGAAUUUCAAGCUCAAUUUGAGGAUCUCAUGAACAAGGUGAAUGGUAUCUCUGAACCACUGCUUAUCAGUUUUUUCAUUACUGGCUUGAAACGUAAUUUACGUCGUGAGCUUCAAUUUCAUCGUCCUCCGACACUGAUGGAGGCAUUUGCCAUGGCUCGAGCAUAUGAGGCUCGUUUGGAUGAUAAUCCAGGUUUCUCUAAAAAUGGGUCACGACAACCCACUUCACCUCUCAACUCAAACACAUCAACCCAACCAAUUUCCCUAACCCAAAAUCCUCCAUCAAAUCCUAAAACCAAUUCUCUACCUCCUCUUCUUCCUACACCACAAUUACAACUUCCAGUCCGUAACCUACCCCCUGCCGAACAUCGUGACCGCCGCACUAAGGGCCUUUGUUUCAAGUGCGAUGAGAAAUGGAACCCUUCUCACCGUUGCCGCAAUAAAGUGUUAUUACUGUUGGGUUGUGAGGAGGAAGAUGAGUUGGAUGAAGCCAAUUCGGAUGAUGUUUCCGGUGAUAUUUCGAGCUUACAUGCUCUUUCGAGCCAAUUGCAGGGUCGCUCUUUACGCGUAUCUGGCGUCUAUGGUCGUCAUUCAUUUCAGAUACUCAUUGAUAGUGGAAGUACUCACAACUUUAUCAAGCCUACCUUAGUUGAGAAAUUAGGCUUAGCAAUCACACCGUGCCCUCGAUUCCGAGUCGCCACCGGCUGUGGUACAUUCUUGGUUUGUCAACAUUGUUGCAAGGCAACAUCAUUACUACUUCAAGGCAUUCAAUUCUCCGUGGAUUUAUUUGUGUUGGCAAUUGAAGGUCCAGAUGUUGUCCUCGGUUUUCCUUGGCUUCAAUCCUUGGGUAAGGUGUCUCAUGACUACUCUGCCCUCACCAUGGAAUUCCUUUGGCAGGGCGAACCUAUUACACUUUGUGGUGAUCCAACAUUGGCUUCCCAAUCAGUGUCUCUCCAUCAACUACAAGCUAUGGUGCAAACUGAUGCCGUCGCAGGUAUUUUUACACUCACCGCCUCUAAACCUGACUGUAUUUCCCUACCUACACCUACCACAGACCCUGUUUUUCCAUCAAACUUACCCCCAACUGUCACUGACAUCUUACAUAAAUUUGAAAAGAUUUUUUCUACACCAACUGGAUUACCACCGCACCGUACAGUGGAUCAUCGUAUUCAUUUAAUUGAGGGUACUAAGCCGAUCAAUGUUCGUCCAUAUCGUUACCCCCACUUUCAAAAAUCUGAAAUGGAAAAGUUGAUUCGUGAAAUGCUCGAUCAAGGGAUUAUCAUUCCCAGCCAUAGUCCUUUUUCUUCACCAGUACUCUUGGUGCGAAAAAAAGAUGGUACUUGGCGUUUCUGUGUCGAUUACCGUGCCUUGAACACUGCAACAGUUAAGGAUAAAUUUCCUAUUCCCACCAUAGAUGAAUUGUUAGAUGAGUUUGGUGGUGCAAAAGUGUUUACUAAAUUGGAUUUGCGUGCGGGAUACCACCAGAUUCGUGUCCAUAGUCGUGACACCUAUAAGACAGCCUUUCGUACUCACGAGGGUCACUUUGAGUUCUUGGUCAUGCCAUUCGGAUUAACGAAUGCCCCAUCUACAUUUCAGGCAACGAUGAACCAAUUGUUCUCUCAAUAUUUACGGCGGUUUGUGAUUGUUUUCUUUGACGACAUCCUCAUAUAUAGCUCUUCUAUUGGGGAUCAUUUGGUGCAUUUGGAAUUGGUUUUGCAAUGUUUACUAACCAAUUGUUUCUAUGUUAAGCUUUCCAAAUGCUUGUUUUGUCAGGAAGCGAUUGAGUAUCUAGGGCAUAUUGUCUCUUCACAGGGUGUUCAGGCGGAUCCAGCUAAGUUGGACGUUAUGGUUCAGUGGCCUAUCCCAACUAAUGUGAAACAACUUCGCGGAUUUCUCGGUCUCACAGGUUAUUAUCGUCGUUUUAUUGCUAAUUAUGCGAGCAUUGCUGCCCCAUUAACUGAUUUAUUGCGCCAUGAUUCUUUCUGCUGGUCACCCAUUGCCUCUUCGGCCUUUGCUGCAUUGAAACAGGCUAUGAUUUCAGCACCAAUCUUAUGUCUGCCUGAUUUUGCUAAAGAAUUUAUUAUUGAAACCAACGCUUCCAAUAUGGGCAUUGGAGCUGUGCUUAUGCAAGACGGUCACCCACUUGCAUAAUUCAGCAAGAAGCUUGGUCC